ACUCACACAUGCAUCAGUACAAGUGGCUGGAGACCUUCAACAGCAUUUCUAUAAAUCAGUGGAUGAUGUCCUACAGAGAGUCAUAGAGAGACACAAAACCAGCAUGAAGAACAAAUAUGAGAGUAUAUUUGAGGGGAUCAAAACACAGGACAACAAAACCCUCUUGAACAGUAUCUACACACAGCUCUACAUCAUAGAGGGAGAGAGUGAAGGGGCGGAUGAAGAACAUGAGGUUUUACAGAUGAUGAAAACAUCCAGGAAACACUUACAAGACACUCCAAUCAACUGUGUAGAUAUCUUUAAACCUCUACAAGGUGCUGAAGGAGAAGUCACGGCUGAAGGUCUUAAGCACAAAGAAACAAAGAAAGGAAGAAAGGAAAGCAAUGGACCCAAAGUUCCGAAUCUCAGAGCUGUGCUGACUAAAGGCAUCGCUGGAAUUGGAAAAACUGUCUCUGUGCAGAAGUUCAUUCUGGACUGGGCUGAAGGAAAAGCCAAUCAGGAUGUAGAUUUCAUGUUUGUGCUUCCGUUCCGGGAGCUGAACCUGAUUAAAGAUGACCAAUAUAGUCUUCAUGAACUUCUGUGUGACUUCCAUCCUGAGCUCAAAGAUCUGGACCCAGAGAUUUAUGAUCAGCUCAAAGCUGUGUUUAUAUUUGAUGGACUGGAUGAAAGCAGAAUUCCACUGGACUUUGAACAGUGUGAGAAAAUAUCUGACAUCACCAUGACGUCAUCAGUGGGUGUGUUGAUGACCAACCUCAUCAAAGGAGAGCUGCUUCCCUCUGACCUCCUCUGGAUAACCUCUCGACCAGCAGCAGCCAAUCAGAUCCUUCCUAGAUACAUCAACCGUGUGACAGAGAUUCAGGGAUUCAAUGACCCACAGAAGGAGGAGUACUUCAGGAAGAAGAUCAGUGACCAAGACCAAGCCAAGAGGAUCAUCUCACACAUUAAGGCAGUGAGGAGCCUCCACGUCAUGUGCCACAUUCCAGUCUUCUGCUGGAUCUCAGCCACUGUUCUUCAGAAAAUGAUCAAACAACAUAACACUAAAAUCCCUAAAACUCUGACUGAGAUGUACUCGCACUUCCUGAUCACUCAGACAAACACGAAGAACGAGAAGAAUGAGGAGAAAGACGAGAGAGACCCAAAGAACCUGCUGGAAUCCAACAGAACCAUUCUUCUGGAAUUGGCUGAACUGGCUUUCAAACAGCUAAUGAAGGGCAAUGUGAUGUUCUAUGAAGAGGACCUGAGAGAGAGCGGCAUUGAUGUCACAGAGGCCUCAGUGUAUUCUGGGAUUUUCACUGAGAUCUUUAGGGAGGAACAUGUGCUUUAUCAGAGGAAGGUCUACUGCUUCGUUCAUACUGAGCUUUCAGGAGUUCCUGGCUGCUGUUAUGUGUUUCACUGCUAUGAGAGCAAGAACAUGGAGAUACUGCAUUGGUUUAAACCUCAACACAGUGAGUGGUCCGAGAGAUUUCACUGGAUGAGCUGCUGA